AUGACGACUUUAGAAAAGCGGAUCGAAGAAGCGAGUGGCCUUAUCUACCGUGCCCGCGCAGAGGAAACUCCUGAUGGAAACCCACUUGUGGCCGCAAGGAAUUACAUUGCCGCAAUGGAGAUCAUCACGAAUAUAUGCAAAGAUGUUAGCCCAGAAAGUGACAAUGAUAAAGAUCGCUUUUUUCUUUUUCAAGUAAGACAACGAAUGGAGGUGUACCAAAAGCGAGUACAACUACUACUGUCUGUAGCUGCGGAGAUGGGCUUAGACGACAUACCGGAGCACGUCGGCAAUACGGUUCUUGACUCGCCACCACACGCUGGUGACAGAACUGGUGCUGCUGAUUUCGAGAACCCGGCAGUCCCUUCAACAGCACCGACGUCAGUCCCACCCCCCGCGUGCGCCGACGGUUUCGGGGAAAAUGUUCCCCCCUUGGAGUAUUUUUUUUCUCAACAACCGCAGGCGCCCACCAGACCACACCCAGAGGAAACGGAAUCGGUUGAAGCCCUUCUCGGGCAGUUCUCAUUCGAUGAGGUCAAGAAAGAGUGA